AUGGCCUCAUCAUUCUUUUCUGAGUUUGGCCUCAUGUGGUACCUGGGGGAGCUCAGAAAGGACGAGUUCAGGAAAUUUAAGGAGCUCCUCAAGGAAACGCCCUUGCAACUUGGACUCCAGCAAAUGCCCUGGGCCGACGUGAAGAAAGGGACUCGAGAAGACCUGGCAAACCUACUGGCCAAACAUUAUGGGGAAGAACAAGCCUGGGACGUGACCUUCUUCAUCUUUCAGAAGAUCAAUAGAAUGGAUCUCUGCCAAAAGGCCAAGAAGGAGAUUACUGGAUACACAAAGAUAUAUCGCGCUCACAUCAAGGAGAAAUUCACCAAAAUGUGGUUCAGAGACUCUGUCACCAGGAUUUAUGAUCACUUUGACAAGAAACUCACCCUAAAAGAAUACGAAUAUAUGGAGCGUCUUUUUGCCCCCAAGGAAACUGGGAGACGGACGGUGGUCCUUAGAGGACUCCAGGGGGUCGGGAAGACAACGGUCCUGACGAAGCUGAUGUUGUCCUGGGCAGAGGGCACUGUCUACCAGAAGUUCUCCUACAUCUUCUACUUCAGCUGUCGGGAAGUGAAGCAGAUGACGGAGACCAGCUUGGCUGCACUGAUUUGUAGAGACUGGUCCAACUCCCUCUCCCCAGUAGCAGAGAUCACGUCUGACCCAGAGAGACUCUUGUUCAUCAUCGAUGGCUUCGAAGAACUGAGAUACGACCUGAACGAACCCGACACAGAUCUGUGCAGCGACUGUAUGGAGCAGCGGCCCAUCCGCGUGGUCCUGAGCAGCUUGCUGAGAAAGAAAAUGCUCCCCGAGUCCUCACUGCUCAUUGCUGCUGUACCCAAGUACCCACAGAGCAUUGAGGACAGGUUGGAGUGCCCUGAGAUCAAAAUAUUCACGGGGUUAGGUGAGACGGAGAAAAGGCUGUAUUUCUGUUGCUUAUUCCAAGACAGGACUAGAGGCAUCAAAGCCUUCAGCCUCUUAAGAGAGAACGAACACCUCUUUUCCAUGUGUGAAAUCCCCACUCUUUGCUGGGCCGUGGGCACUUGUAUGAAGCGGGAGAUGGAAAAAGGGCAAGAUUUGGCUGUGGCGUUCCGACGGACCACCUCCCUUUAUUCUUCUUUUGUCUUAAACCUGUUCACACCCAAGGGGGCUAGUCGUCUAGACAGGCAAAGCCAAGGCCGCCUGAUGGGCUUAUGCUCCCUGGCUGCCGAGGGCAUGUGGACCGACACGUUUGUAUUCAGCAGAGAGGAUCUCAGGAGAAAUGGGCUAAUUGAUUCUGACAUCCCUGCACUGCUGGACGCCAAGGCUCUUCACAGGCACUGGGACACUGAGGACUCAUACUCUUUCAUCCAUCUGUGCAUCCAGGAGUUCUGUGCCGCCCUGUUCUACUUCGUGAAGAGUCACACCGACCAUCCAAACCCAGCUGUGGAAAGUAUGGAGACACUGGUAUCUACCUUUUUAAGUAAAACCAAGAUCCAUUGGGUUUUUCUGGGGUGUUUCUUGUUUGGCCUUUUAAGUGAAAAAGAACAACAGAAGCUGGAGGCAUUUUUCGGCUCCCACCUGCGCCGGCAGGAGGUCCAGCAGACGCUUCUGCAGCACUUACAGAGCAUAAGUGAGAGUGAACACCUCCGGAGACAGGUAGAUUUCGUGGCGUUCUGUUACUGCCUGUAUGAGAUGGAGAAUGAAACGUUUGCAGGGUGGGCAGUGAACCUCUCCCAAAACAUGCAUCUUUGUAUUCAUGACAAGUUGGACUUGGCGCCUGUUGCCUACUGCUUAAAACACUGUUCUGCCUUGAAGAAACUUAGUGUUUCCACCCAAAAUGUCUUGGUACAAGAGGGCGCAGACCCUUCCAUGUCAACUAACCACUUAACCUCUUGGUCUCACAUCUGCUCCGUGCUCACUACAAACGAGAACCUCAGGGAGCUUCAAGUAAUUCACAGUAACUUCCAGGAGUCAACCUUUAUAACUCUGAGCAGUCAGCUGAGGCAUCCCUGGUGUCACCUUCAAAAACUUUCGAUAAAUGGUGUUUCCUUCCCUGGUGACGGCUGGCUUUUCUUCGAGGUGCUCACUCACAGCCCAGAUUUAAAAUACCUGAACCUCAGUGGCACAAGUCUCUCCCGUGAUGACGUGAUGCUGCUCUGUCAAGCUUUGAACAACCCAGCGUGCAACCUAGAGGAUUUACUGCUGACCAACUGUGGCCUCUUACCUGAUGACUGUGAAGGUUUCAGAGACGUCCUGCAGGAGAACACGAAGCUGAAGGUCCUUAACCUAUCCUGCAACUACCUGGACACAGGGAUGUCCCUGUUGUGUGAAGCCCUGCGCCACCCGACCUGUUACCUUUAUGCCUUGGUGUUAACUUGCUGCUACAUCAAUGAACAUUGCUGGGGGUGCCUGCCUGAGGUUCUUCUGCUUAACAAGACCCUGCUCCAUCUAGAUAUCAGCACAAACAUCCUGACAUACGAAAAUUUGAACCUCUUGUGUGAGGCCUUGACAGAUCCUGGCUGCUCCCUGAAGUCACUAUGUUUGGUAAACUGUUUCAUAACCCCCGAGGGCUGUCGGGACCUUGCUUUCGUCCUCGUCAGAAACCCAAACCUGAGAAACCUGCAAAUCAGUCACAACGAUAUAGGAGACGAUGGUGUAAGGCUGCUGUCCAAAGGUCUGGUUCAUUCCACCUGUCACUUACAGAUGCUUGGGCUGGGAACAUGCAACCUGACCAGCGCCUGCUGCAAGGACCUUGCCUCUGUGCUCAUCAACUGCAGCACUCUGAGAAAACUCACCCUGUCCGGAAAUGCCUUGGGCCACGAAGGGGUGCUAGUGCUGUGUCAGGCCCUGAGACAUCCCUGGUGCGGGCUGCAGUGGCUGGGGCUGAGGAAAGCUGAAUUUGAUGAGGAAACUCAGAAACUUCUGAUAGAGGAGGAACAGAGAAAUUUCUCCUUGGAAAUCAUAGAUGAGUGA